AUGACGGAGGAGGACGGGAAGACGACGAUGGGAACGCGCCGCCAGUGGACUCGGGGAGCCGUGGACACUGUUUGGGCCGUUAGGGCGGUUGGCGGCCACUCUCCGCCCAGCCGCGGUUGCGUCGCAGCCCGGAGCGUGCCUCGGCGCACGCUCUCCUUCCGCUCGCCGCCCCCGCUGCCGGGGAGGCGGCUAGGGGCGGGCGGACUACCGCUCCCAGGAGGCCCCGCGCGGCGCGGGGGGCCGUACAAUAGCGGAGAGGAGAGGAGAGGAGGCGUCUGGGGGCGCGCGGACUACCGCUCCCAGGAGGCUCCGCGCGGCGCGGGGGUUGUACACUAG